AUGUUUUUCUUUGGCCUUGGAGGUCUGUUCUAUGGUAAGCACGGAUGCGAUUCGAUUGACGCGCACCGGAAGCUAACACAUGUAUCCUCUCANGUCUCGGUCUUGCUGGUCAACGCAAUAGCCAUCCUCUCCGAGGACCGCUUCCUCGCCAGAAUUGGUUGGGGAUCCGUACAACAAGAGCCCGCAUUCGGCGGUCCAGCAGACAACACCAGCGUCAAGUCAAAAGUCAUCAACCUGAUUGCAUCUGUCCGCACCCUGAUGAGGAUACCGCUAAUCGUCAUCAACACUCUGAUCAUCGUCUACGAACUUAUACUGGGUUGA